CAUGCGCAGGACUGCUCCCGGCCCGGAUCUCUAUGGCAGCGGCGUCGCCGUGGGCCCGGCCCCUGCGAUCCCGCCCGGGCCCGGCUGUCUCAACAACCGCCCCCACUGCCCCCUCUCGGGCAUGAACCGAGCUUCUUGUUGCCGCCCGUUGCCCUACCCGCCGCUGCCGCCGCAUCCCGACUCUGGGCCAGCGCUGGGAACAUGCCCCUGGCCGCCUACUGCUACCUGCGGGUCGUGGGCAAGGGGAGCUACGGAGAGGUGACGCUUGUGAAGCACCGACGGGACGGCAAGCAGUAUGUCAUCAAAAAACUGAACCUCCGAAAUGCUUCUAGCCGAGAGCGGCGAGCUGCUGAACAGGAAGCCCAGCUCUUGUCUCAGCUGAAGCAUCCCAACAUUGUCACCUACAAGGAGUCAUGGGAAGGAGGAGAUGGUCUGCUCUACAUUGUCAUGGGCUUCUGUGAAGGAGGUGAUCUGUACCGAAAGCUCAAGGAGCAGAAAGGGCAGCUUCUGCCUGAGAAUCAGGUGGUAGAGUGGUUUGUACAGAUCGCCAUGGCUUUGCAGUAUUUACAUGAAAAACACAUCCUUCAUCGAGAUCUAAAAACUCAAAAUGUCUUCCUAACAAGAACAAACAUCAUCAAAGUGGGGGACCUAGGAAUUGCCCGAGUGUUAGAGAACCACUGUGACAUGGCUAGCACCCUCAUUGGCACACCAUACUACAUGAGUCCUGAAUUGUUCUCAAACAAACCCUACAACUAUAAGUCUGAUGUUUGGGCUCUAGGAUGCUGUGUCUAUGAAAUGGCCACCUUGAAGCAUGCUUUCAAUGCAAAAGAUAUGAAUUCUUUAGUUUAUCGGAUUAUUGAAGGAAAGCUGCCACCAAUGCCAAGAGAUUACAGCCCAGAGCUGGCAGAACUGAUAAAAACAAUGCUGAGCAAAAGGCCUGAAGAAAGGCCAUCUGUGAGGAGCAUCCUGAGGCAGCCUUAUAUAAAGCGGCAAAUCUCCUUCUUUUUGGAGGCCACAAAGAUAAAAACCUCCAAAAAUAACAUUAAAAAUGGUGACUCUAAAUCCAAGCCUUUUGCUACAGUGGUUUCCGGAAAGACAGAAUCAAAUCAUGAAGUAAUCCACCCCCAACCACACUCUUCUGAGGGCUCCCAGACAUGUAUAAUGGGUGAAGGCAAAUGUUUGUCCCAGGAGAAGUCCAGGGCCUCUGGUCUCUUGAAGUCACCUGCCAGUCUGAAAGCCCAUACCUGCAAACAGGACUUGAGCAAUACCACAGAACUAGCCACAAUCAGUAGGGUAAAUAUUGACAUCUUACCUGCAAAAGGGAGGGAUUCAGUGAGUGAUGGCUUCGUUCAGGAGAAUCAGCCAAGACAUUUGGAUGCCUCUAAUGAGUUAGGAGGUAUAUGCAGUAUUUCUCAAGUGGAAGAGGAGAUGCUGCAGGACAACACUAAAUCCAGUGCCCAGUCUGAAAACCUGAUUCCCACGUGGUCCUCUGACAUUGUCACUGGAGAAAAGAAUGAACCAGUGAAGCCUCUGCAGUCCCUAAUCAAAGAACAAAAGCCAAAGGACCAGGAUCAAGUUGCUGGUGAAUGUAUUAUAGAAAAACAGGGCAGAAUCCACCCAGAUUUACAGCCACACAACUCUGGGUCUGAACCUUCCCUGUCUCGACAGCGACGGCAGAAGAAGAGAGAACAGACUGAGCACAGAGGGGAGAAGAGACAGUUCCAAGAGUCGCCUCCUCGAUUUUUCCCUUCUCAUCCCAUUGUUGGGAAAGUGGAUAUCACAUCAACACAAAAAGAGGCUGAAAACCAACAUAUAGUGGUCACUGGGUCUGUGAGCAGUUCAAGGAGCAGUGAGAUGUCAUCAUCAAAGGAUCGACCAUUAUCAGCCAGAGAGAGGAGGCGACUAAAGCAGUCACAGGAAGAAAUGUCCUCUUCAGGCCCUCCAGGGAGGAAAGCUUCUCUGAGUGUAGCAGGGCCAGGAAAACCCCAGGAGGAAGACCAGCCCAUGCCUGCCCGACGGCUCUCCUCUGACUGCAGCGUCACUCAGGAAAGGAAACUGACUCAUUGUCUGUCAGAGGAUGAGUUAAGUUCGUCUACAAGUUCAACUGAUAAGUCAGAUGGGGAUUACAGGGAAGGGAAAGGUCAGACAAAUGAAAUUAAUGCCUUGGUACAACUGAUGACUCAGACCCUGAAACUGGAUUCUAAAGAGAGCUGUGAAGAUGUCCCAGUAGCAAACCCAGCGUCAGAAUUCAAACUUCAUCGGAAAUAUCGGGACACACUGAUACUUCAUGGGAAGGUUGCAGAAGAGGCAGAGGAAAUCCAUUUUAAAGAGCUACCUUCAGCUAUCAUGCCAGGUUCUGAAAAGAUCAGGAGACUAGUUGAAGUCUUGAGAACUGAUGUAAUUCGUGGCCUGGGAGUUCAGCUUUUAGAGCAGGUGUAUGAUCUUUUGGAGGAGGAGGAUGAAUUUGAGAGAGAGCUCCUCCCUGUGUUCACACCUUUGAUGCAUUCCCUGCCAUUUGGAUUGUUUGCUGUCUUCACCCUGCAGAGUCCAGAGCUCUCGCUUUGUCUCCAACAUGGAGAUAAUGCUCAGGUCAGGAAGACAGAUUCCCAGGAAGACCAGGUUCCUGUAGUUCUACAUCACUUCCCUGUAUAAAGCCCUCUGUGCAGGGUCCAGUUAUUUCCACUCCUCCUGAGAGAAUUCUGUAGCCACAUCCAUGAAUGUCAAGUGACGCUAAAUAAGAGUCCUUCCUGAUUCCUUUUCUUUCCUCUUCUUUCUCUUCUGGGCUUCUUUAUCACACAGCCUGACUCAUAAGAAAUCAAUCUGUGGCUGGGUGCGGUGGCUCAUGCCUGUAAUCCCAACACCUUGGGAGGCCGAGAUGGGCAGAUCACGAGGUCAGGAGAUGGAGACCAUCCUGACUUAACACGGUGAAACCCCAUCUCUACUAAAAAUACAAAAAAAUUAGCUGGGUGUAGUGGCAGGUACCUGUAGUCCCAGCUACUCGGGAGGCUGAGGCAGGAGAAUGGCAUGAACCCGGGAGGCGGAGCUUGCAGUGAGCCAAGAUCGCACCACUGCACUCCAGCCUGGGCAACUGAGAGAGACUCUGUCUCAAAAAGAAAAAAAGAAAGAAAUCAAUCUGUGAGGCCGGGCGCAUGGUGGCUUACGCCUGUAAUCCCAGCAUGUGUUAGUCUGUUCUCACACUGCUAAUAAAGACAUACCUGAGAUUGCGUAGUUUAUAAAGAAAAGAAGAUUAAUUGGCUCACAGUUCCAUAUGGCUGGGGAGGCCUUAACAAUCAUAGCAGAUGGUGAAGGGGAAGCAAGACACUUCUUACAUGGCAGCAGGCAAGAGAGUGUGUGCAGGGGGACUGCCCUUUAUGAAACUGUCAGAUCUCGUGAGACUUACUCGCUAUCACGAGAACCACAUGGGAAAAACCCGCCCCCAUGAUUCAGUUAACCUCCCACCGGGUCCCUCCCAGGACACGUGGGGAUUAUGGGAGAUACAAUUCAAGAUGAGAUUUGGGUGGGGACACAGCCAAACCAUACUUUUGGAGGACGAGGUGGGCAAAUUGCCUGAACUCAGAAGUUUGAGACGGGCCUGGGCAACAUGGCGAGGCUCCUGUGUGUGCUGCGGCAUGACCUUCACUCCACACGAUCAGCUUCCAGGUCUCAUUGGACACAUUUUGAGUUAAUUCUUGUAUAUGGCAUGAUGAAGUAAAGCUCCAACUUCAUUGUGUAUGUGGCUGUCCUGUUGUCCCAUCACCAUGUGUUGCAAAGACUAUUUUUUCACCUUGUUAAAAAUCAGUUGACUAUAGACACAUGGGCUUAUUUCUGGACUCUCAUUUCUAUCCCGCGGAUCUAUAUAUCUAUCCUUAUGCCACUACCACACUUUGCUUACUGUUACUUUGGAGUAAGGUUUGAAAUCAGGAAGGGUGAGUCUUCCAUUAUUAUUCUUUCUCGAGAUUGUUUUGGUUAUUCUGGGUCCCUUGCAAUUACAUAUGAAUUUUAGAAUUUGCUUGUCAGUUUCCACAAAGAAGCCAGCUGUCUUAAAGAAAUUAAGAAAGAAAAGUAUGUUUAUAAACUUUGUUGUUGUAACUCUAUCAUUUCUGGAUCUCUUUAUUUUUUCUUUUGGAUUCAACUUUCCAUGUGGAGUCAUUUCUGUAGCCUAAUACAGCUUUGCUCCCACUUACCUCCUUUGUUUUGUUAUUGGCAAAUAUAUUACAUUUCUAUAUGUUAUAGGCUCAACAAUAUAUACAUUUUUUAAAAUUGUAAUAAAAUGGAGAUAAAAUAUACCAUUUUAGCCAUUUUAAAGCAUACAGUUCAGUGGUAUUAAGUACAUUCACAUUGUUGUACAACACUCACCACCAUCUAUCAUCAGAACUUUUUUCAUGUUGCAAAACUGAAACUCUACACCUAUUUAACAAUAGUUCCCCAUUUCCUGCCCCCACCAGCCCCUGGCAACCACCCAUCUACUUUCUGUCUCUCUGAAUUUGAUUAUCCUAAGCAUUUACACAAAGCUGAGACAUAAAAAGUAAAACUGGCCCACAAAGAAAGCUCCAUGCUCAGAUGCGUUACUGGUGAAUUCUUCCAACCAUCUAAGAAAGAAAGAACACCAAUCCUGCACAAAGUCUUCCAGAAUACUUUAAGAGGAGAUACUUCCCACCUUAUCCACAAAACCAGCACAACUCUGACAUCAAAACUCAAGAAGGACACUACAUGAGAAAAUAUCAGAUCAAUAUCUCUCAUGAACAGAAUUGAAAAAAAACUUUAAUCAUCUGGAUUUUGUUAAAGAUUUUCGAAUGAAUGUUCAUAAGGGAUAUUCAUAUGCAUUUCUCUUUUCCUGUAGUGUCCCUGUCUGGCCCCAGCACCAGGGCAUUGUCAGCGGCCUCAUAAAAUGAACCACGAAUUACCCCUUCCUCCUCAACUGUCUGGAAAAGUUUGAGAAGGAUUGGCAUCAGUUCCUCUCCAAAUGUUUGGUAGAAUCACCAGCAAAGCCAUCAGGUCUAGGACCUUUCCUUUUUGGGAGUUUGUUGAUGAUUGAUUCAUUCUCCUUACACUAGUUAUGGGUCUAUUCAGAUUUUCUAUUUCUUUGUGAUUCAGUCUCAGUAGGUUUUAUGUUUCUAGGAAUGUGUCCAUUUCAUCUAGGUUUAUGCAACUUGUUGGCAUACAAUUGUUCAUAGUUCUCUUACGAUUCUUUUUUAUUUUAUUUAUUUUUGAGACGGAGUCUCGCUCCAUCACCAAGCUGGAGUGCAGUGGUGCAAUUUCAGCUCACUGCAAUCUCUGCCUCCCGGUUUCAAGUGAUUCUCCUGCCUCAGCCUCCCAAGUAGCUGGAAUUACGGGCACACGCCACCACACCCAGCUAAUUUUUGCAUUUUUAGUAGAGAUGGGGUUUCACCAUGUUGACCAGGAGGUCUUGAUCUCCUGACCUUGUGAUCCGCCCACCUCAGCUUCCCAAAGUGUUGGGAUUACAGGCAUGAGCCACCAUGCCCAGCCAAUUCUUUUUAUUUCUGUAGAGCUGGUAGUAAUGUAUCCAUUUUAAUUUCUUAUUUUGGUAAUUUGAGUCUUUUUAUUUUUUAUUUUUUGGCUAGUCAAGUGAAGCAAUCUUUUUUUUUUUUUUUGAGAUGGAGUCUUGCUCAGCUGCCCAGGCUAGAGUGCAGUGGCACGAUUUCGGCUCGCUGCAACCACUGUCUCCCGGGUUCAAGUGAUUCUCCCAUCUCAGCCUCCCAGGUAGCUGGGAUUAUAGGCGACCGCCAUCAUGCCUGGCUAAUUUUUGUAUUUUAGUAGAGAUGGGGUUUCACCAUGUUGGCCAGUCUGGUCUUGAACUCCUGACCUCAGGUGAUCCACCCGCCUUGGCCUUCCAAAGUGCUAGGAUUACAGGUUUGAGCCACUGUGCCCGCCCUUUUUUUUUUUUAAUUUAAAAUAUUUGAAACAGGGUUUUGUUCCAUCCCUCAGGCUGGAGUGCAGUAUCGGGGGGAACCUGCCCCCAAUAUUUCAACGUAGGUUCUUUCUAUUUUCCAUAAGUGUCGGCCAGCUGAGAAAUAGAAAGAGUACAAAGAGAGGAAUUUUACAGCUGGGCCUCUGGGGGUGACAUCACAUAUUGGUAGGACCAUGAUGCCCACCUAAGCCUUAAAACCAGCAAGUUUUUAUUAAGGAUUUCAAAAGGGGAGGGGGUGUACAAACAAGGAGUAGGUCACAAAGAUCACAUGCUUCAAAGGGCAAAAGGCAGAACAAAUAUCACAUGCUUCUGAGGAAACAGGACAAGGGCAAAGUCAGAACUACUGAUAAGGAUCUAUGUUCAGCUGUGCACAUAUUGUCUUGAUAAACAUCUUAAACAACAGAAAACAUGGUUCAAGAGCAGAGAACCGGUCUGACCACAAAUUUAUCAGGGCGGAGUUUUUUCCCCACCCUAACAAGCCUGAGGGUACUGCAGGAGACUAGGGCGUAUUUCAGUCCUUAUUUCAACUGCAUAAGACAGACACUCCAAGAGCAGCCGUUUAUAGACCUCCCCCCAGGAAUGCAUUCCUUCCCCAGGGUAUUAAUUAUUAAUAUUCCUUGCUAGGAAAAGAAUUUAGUGAUAUCUUCCCUACUUGCACGUCUGUUUAUAGGCUCUCUGCAAGAAGAAAAAUAUGGCUGUAUUUUGCCCACCCCCUCAGGCAGUCAGACCUUAUGGUUCUCUUCCCUUGUUCCCUGAAAAUCGCUGUUACUCUGUUCUUUUUUAAGGUGCACUGAUUUCAUAUUGUUCAAACACACAUGUUUUACAAUCAAUUUGUACAGUUAACACAAUUAUCAUGGUGGUCCUGAGGUGACUUACAUCCUCAGCUUACAAAGAUAACAGGAUUAAGAGAUUAACGUAAAACAGUGUAAGAAAUUAUGAAAGUAUUAUUUGGGAACUGAUAAAUGUCCAUGAAAUCUUCACAAUUUAUGUUCCUCUGCCGCAGCUCCAGCCGGUCCCUCUGUUCAGAGUCCCUGACUUCCCGCAACAGUGCAGUGGUGCAAUUUUGGCUUGCUGCAACCUCUACCUCCCAGGCUCAAGUGAUCCUCCCACCUCAGUCUCUAGAAUAGCUGGGACUACAGGUGUGGGGCACCAUGUGCGGCUAAUUAUUUUUGUACAUUUUGUAGAGAUGGGCUUUCACUGUGUUCCCCAGGCUGGUCUUGAACUCUUAGGCUCAAGUGAUCUGCCUGUGUCAGACUCCUAAAGUACUGGGGUUACAGGUGUGAGCUACCAUGCCUGGUGCCUUAAUUUUUUAAAUUUUUUGUAGAAACAAGGUCUGUCUAUAUUGCCCAGGCUGGUCUUGAACUCCUGACCUCAUGCAAUCCUCUCAUCUAUGUCUCCCACAGUGCUGGGAUUACAGUCUUUAGCCACCGUGCCCAGCCCAAGAUCUUUCUUUUUUAAUGUAAGUGUUUACAGCUAUAAAUUCCCCCCUUAGCAUUGCUUUUGCUGAAUUCCAAAAGUUUCAGUAUAUUGUUUUUUAUUUUCAUUUGUCUCUAAGUAUUUUCUAAUUUUCCUUUUGAUUUCUUCUUUGAUUCAUUGGUGAUUUAAGAGUGUGUUAUUUAGACUGGGCACAGUGGCUUAUGCCUGCAAUCCCAGCACUUUGGGAGGCCAAAGUGGGUGGAUCACUUGAGGUCAGGAGUUCACACCAGCCUGUCCAAUCUGUGAAACCCUGUCUCUACUAAAAAUACAAAAAUUAGCUGGUUGUGGUGUUGGGCACCUGUGAUCCCAGCUACUCAAGAGGCUGAGGCAGAAUUGCUUGAACCUGGGAGGUGGAGGUUGGCAUGAGCAGAGAUCACAUUACCACACUCCAGCCUGGGUGACUCCAUCUCAAAAGCAAAAAGUGUUAUUUGGUUCCCACAAAUUUGGGAAUUUUAGUUUUCCUAGUUACUGAUUUCUAACUUCAUCCCACUGUGGUUGGAGAAGAUAUUCUGUGUGCUAUCUUUUCUUUAAAAUCUAUUGACACAAUUUGUGGUCUAUAGUAUGGUCUGUCCUGGAGAAUGACCCAUGUGCACUUGAGAAGAAUGCCUAUUAUUAGGUAAAGAAUUUUAGAUGUAAGUCAGGCAUGGUAGCUCAUGCCUGUAAUCCCAGCAUUUUGGGAGGCUGAGGCUGGUGGAUUACCCAAGGUCAGGAGUUCGAGACCAGCCUGACCAACAUGGUGAAACUCCGUCUCUACUAAAAAUACAAAAUUAGCUGGGCGUGGUGGUGCACACCUGUAAUCUCAGCUACCAGAGAGGCUGAGGCAGGAGAAUCGCUUGAACCCAGGAGGCAGAGGUGGUGGUGAGCUAAGAUCGAGCCAUUACACUCUAGCCUGGGCAACAAGAGUGAAACUCUGUCUCAAAAAAAAAAAAAAAGAGUUUUAGAUGCCUGUUGGAUCUAGUUGGUUUACUGCAUUGUUUAAGUCCUCUUAUUUAUUUAUUUGAGACAGAGUCUCGCUCUUUUUAAAUUUUUUUUUUUUAAAUUAUUUAUUUGAGACGGAGUCUCGCUCUGUUGCCCAGGCUGGAGUGCAGUGGCGCCAUCUCAGCUCACAGCAACCUCCACCUCCCAGGUGCAAGCAGUUCUCUGCCUCAGCCUUCGCAUAACUGCCAUUACAGGCACCCACCACUACGCCCAGCUAAUUUUUGUAUUUUUAGUAGAGAUGGGGUUUCACCAUCUUGGCCAGGCAGGUCUUGAACUCCUGACUUUGUGAUUCACCCGCCUCAGCCUACCAAAGUUCUGGGAUUACAGGCGUGAGCCACUGUGCCCAGCCAAGUCCUCUAUUUUUUUUUUUUUUUUUGAGAUGGAGUCUCGCUCCGUCACCCAGGCUGGAGUGCAAUGUCGUGAUCUCGGCUCACUGCAAGCUCCACCUCCUGGAUUCACAGCAUUCUCCUGCCUCAGCCUCCCGAGUAGCUGGGACUACAGGCGCCCACCACCACGCCUAGCUAAUUUUUUUUUGUAUUUUUAGUAGAGAUGGGGUUUCACCGUGUUAGCCAGGAUGGUGUCGAUCUCCUGAGCUUGUGAUCCGCCUGCCUCGGCCUCCCAAAGUGCUGGGAUUAUAGGUGUGAGCCACCAUGCCCGGCCCCAAGUCCUCCAUUUUCUUAAUUAUCUUCUGCCAGGUUGUUCUAUCCAUUACUGAGAGUGGGGUAUUGAAGUCUGCAACUAUUAGUCAUGGUUUGUUUUUUACACCUAAAAACAAACCAUCAAUAUCCUCAUUUGUACAUUUAGGUGCAUAAAUGUUAAUAAUUGUUCUAAUCUUCUUGCUGUAUAUGUCUCCUUUUUUGUCUCUUAUAACCUUUUUUUAAUUUAAAGACAAAAUAUUUUGUCUGAUAUUUGUAAAGCCAUCCCUAAUCUCCUUUGGUUACAAUUUAUGUGGAAUAUUUUUUUUCAAAAUUUUUACUUGCAAUCUUUUUGUGUCUUUAGAUCUAGAGUCUCUUAUAGAUAGCAUAUAGGUGGAUUCUGUGUUUUUUUAAAUCCAUUCUGCCAAUUUCUAUCUUUGGAGAGUUUAAUCCAUUUACAUUUAAAGUAAUUAUUGAUAAGGAGGGACUUAUGUUAUUUUACUAAUUUAUGUUCUGUAUGCAUUAUAGUUUUUUAAUUCCUUAUUUGCUGCAUUACUGUCUUCUUUUGUGUUUAGUUGAUUUUUUUUGUAGUGAAAAAUUUUAAUAUAAUAUGUAACAUGUCCUGUAACUGUUUUCUCUGUGGUUACCAUGGAGAUUAUAUUUAAUGUCCUAAAAUUAUAAUACUCUAGUUUGAAUUUAUGCCAGCUUAACUUCAAUAACAUACAAAAACUGUACCCUUUUAACAGCUCUGCCCCAACUCCUUCUAGUUAUUGAUGUCACAAAAGUAUAUCUUUGUACAUUAUAUGUUUUUUUUUUUUUGAGACAGAGUCUUGCUCUGUUGCCCAGGCUGGAGUGCAGUGGCGCAGUCUCGGCUCACUGCAAGCUCUGCCUCGUGGGUUCACGCCUCAGCCUCCCAAGUAGCUGGGACUACAGGUGCCCGCCACCAUGCCCGGCUAAUUUUUUUUUGUAUUUUUAGUAGAGACGGGGUUUCACCGUGUUAGCCAGGAUGGUCUCGAUCUCCUGACCUCGUGAUCCACCCGCCUCGGCCUCCCAAAGUGCUGGGAUUACAGGCGUGAGCCACAGCGCCCGGCCUGUGCAUUAUAUGUUUAAAAACAGGAUCUAAAAAUUGGUUUUUUAAAAUGCAUUAGUCUCUUAAAUUAUAUGGAAAGCAAAAUGUGGAAUUGCAAACCAAAGUUACAGUAAUAUUAGCUUUUAGUCUAAUUGUUUUGUAAUGUAUUAGCCUCUUAAAUCUUGUAGAAAGCAAAAAAAAGAAAUUACAAACAACUGUUACUAUAAUACCAGCUUUUAUAGUUGCCCAUCUGUUUACCUUUACCAAAGGGAUUUCUUUUACAAAUAUAUUUUUAUUGUUAAUCAACAAAUCGUAAUUGUACAUAUUUAUAGAGUACAAUGUGAUGUCCUGAUAUAUGUAUACAACAUGGUUUGAUUAAAUCAAGCUAAUCAACAUAUCUGUCAUCUCAAGUAUUUAUCAUUUUGUUGUGAUGAGGACAUUUGAAAUUCUCUUAGCAAUUUUGAAAUAUGUAAUACAUUAUUAUUAAAUGUAGCCACCAUGUUGUGCAGUGUAUCUCAAAAUACUUACUCCUGCUGUAUAACUGAAGCUUAUACGUAUUUGGUGCAGUUAAUGGUGCCCUUCAUUUCUCUGAGUCUCUGUUCAUUUUUCAUUUUAGUUUUUUUUCCAUUAUUUGGAUUGCAUAAUUUCUAUUGGUCUGUCCCCAAGCUUGCUAAUUGUUCUGCCAGUGUAAGUACGCUGUUGAGCCUCUCUAGUGAAUUUUUCUUUUCAGUUAUUGUACUUUUUAGCUCUAGAAUUUCCAUUUGGGUCUUUUAAUUAAUAAUUUUUUUCUGUUUCUUAAUAUUCUCUAUUUGAUAUGACACUGUCAUUAUACCUUCCUUUACUUUUUAAAUUAUGGUUUCUUUUCGUUCUUUGAACAUAUUUAUAAUGGCUACUUUGAAAUCUUUUUUUUUUUCUUUUUUUGAGACAGAGUCUCACUCUGUCACCCAGGCUGGAGUGCAGUGGCACGAUCUUCGCUCACUACAACCUCCGCCUCCUAGGUUCAAGCGAUUCUCCUGCCUCAGCCUCCCGAGUAAGUGGGACUACAGGUGCAUGCCACCACACCUGGCUAAUUUUUGUAUUUUUAGUAGAGACGGGGUUUCACCAUAUUGGUCAGGCUGGUCUUGUACUCCUAACCUUGUGAUCUGCCCACCUCGGCCUCCCAAAGUGCUGGGAUUACAGGCGUGAGCCACCGUGCCCAGCCUACUUUGAAAUCUUUGUUGAAUCUAACAUCUGGCCGCUUUCACAGGCAGUUUCUCUUGUUUGCUUUUUUCCAGCAUAUGUGUCAUACUAUCCUAUUUCUUUGCAUUUCUCACAACUUUUUACUGGAAGCUGGACAUUUUAGAUAAUGCAUUGUUUCACUCGGUAUUGGCCCCCUUGGGGAUUGUUAUAUGCUUAUUUAUUUGUAUAGUAACUGGCUGGAUUUGUAUUUAUUUAUUUAUUUUUUGAGGUGGAGUCUUGGUCUGUUGCCAGGCUGAAGGGCAAUGGCACGAUCUUGGCUCACCGUAACUUCCAACUCUGGUUCAAGUGAUUCUCCUGCCUCAGCCUCCCAAGUAGCUGGGACUACAGGCACAUGUCACCCCGCCCAGCUAAUUUUUGUAUUUUUAAUAGAGACGGGGUUUCAUCAUGUUGGCCAGGUUGGUCUCAAUCUUCUGACCUCAUGAUCCGCCCCCCUCGGCCUCCUAAAGUGUUGGGAUUACAGGUGUGAGCCACCGUUCCUGGACUGAGUUGUUUUAGUGAAGUCUGUCUCCUUCCUCUUUCCCUUCCCUGUAGUAUAAAGCCCCUGAUGUUGCCCAUCGGUGCGUGCGGCCUUGGGUGCUAACAGUUACCUUGGAAUGUCUGUAGUUGUACAAGGGCUUUCUUUACUCUCUUUCCCUGACUUCAUCUAACUUUUAAGACCCCAUAGUUUCUGGCUGAUUGCUUUAUUGUUUUCAACAAUGCCGUGGGGCAUACAUCACUCCACAGACUGAUCUGAUUAAAUUUGGA